CCUUCCCCCUUCUCGCCGCUACCUGAGGGGUCGCCGGCUGGGACGUGCGACCACCAAGGAAGGUGGCGGCGCGGCUCCUCUCCGCCCCAUGGUUCGUGUAGGGCGUUGGAUCUGGGGCGGCGGCCCUAGCGGCGAGGGCGGCGCGUGCAUGGCAGUAGGCGGCGGUCACUAGCACACGGAGACGCAUCCUUGGUUGCGCGGGAAACGAGGAGGCGGUGGUCGGGGGCUCGGUGCGGGAGCCGACUCCACCGGUUCCCUGCGCCAGAUCUAAAGAGGGCGACAUCUCCGCGCGCGGCCCGGCGAGCCCCAUCUGCUCAGGACUCCGGCGUCCUCUGGUUCGUCGGGCCUGCAGGCUGGGUGGCGUGCUUAGGGUCGAGGGAGCGGAUUGGGGGAAACCCUUGGCCCGCGGUGACGGCCACGACGUCGACGGCGCAGCGGGCGCGUUUUCCCUCUUCUGGGCCACACCGAGAAGAAACGUUGUUGAGCUAUAAAUAGCCACCAAUGCCCAAUUGCCACAUUCACGCAUACAGAAAAAUAGAAGCAAAUAGAGCUCUCGGUUUGAGAAACCCCAUGGCAGAAAGAGCAGAAGGAAGGCCCUCAGAUGCGCUCAUCGUGAUGGUCAUUGAUGAAGAUGAGUUCCAUGCCAACUCUGCAAAAUCCAUGCUCUCUGAAUUGAACUAUUAUGUGGCAGUCUAUACAAGUCCCAUAGAAGCGCUCGGUAUUCUUGAAAAGAAAGCACAUGAUGUUGAUUUUGUCAUAGCAGCGGUGGACAUGGAAGAGUUGAAUGGCUUUCAGUUCCUGGAAGCAGCCAAAGAUAUGCAUCGAAACCUUCAAGUGAUCAUGAUGUCAGCAGAUACAACAAUGUACACAAUGAAGAGAUCUGUUGAACUUGGUGCUCGUUUUUUGGCGAAGAAGCCUCUUGAUGCUACUACCAUUCACAAUAUGUGGCAACAUCUUGAUGUAAAAGUUCUUAGGCUGAACAGGAUGAAGUAUCUGUUUCAAGGUGUUGGAGAUAAAGCGCAAGAUGGAGAAGAAGUUGGAGAGUCUGUAGCACAGCAAAAGGAUGGAACUAAAACGACCACUCAUUUCAAAUGGAUACCUUUCCUGGAGAGCAAGUUUUUAUAUGCUCUUCAAAUACUUGGAGCAAAUGCAUCGCCCAGCAAGAUAAAGAUAAUCAUGAACGUGGAUACUGUUACGAGGAAACAAAUUUCUGCGCAUCUGCAGAAACAUCGAAAGCGUAUGGAAAGGGAACAAAACAUGGCAAUGUUUAUGGAUAGCUACGGGAAUUGUGCCUCAAGUUCUAAAUCCGUGAAGACUCGUCAUACAAUCCCUUACAUGUCGGGCUAUCAUUCAGAAGACGAUGUCCAAAGAACAAUGAUGCCAAGCUUGUUUGGAGACACUCAAGGCGUUGAUGUAUCUGCAGCAAUGCGAAGAGCCUUACAACUUGGGGCUGUUUUUGACGAGUUCCAGUAUUCCAAUGGUCCUUCUAGUGACGAACCAUGUGAAGGUAUAGGACAUAAAACAGGAGAAGAUGGCAUCGUUGAUGACGCUAACGGCUCAAAUUCAUCUAGUCAUGAUCAAGUUGCUGCUCAAACAUACAAUUCAAGAGCUGCACAAGCAAUCACAUUCAGGAACAAUUAUCAUCGUGACCAAGUCUCCAACAUAAGUAAGGUUCCAGUUGAGGGCCUUGUAGACUAUCCAGAUUCCGAGGAUUCUGAUUCAGAGGAGAUGCCUUAAUUCAACUAGAUAUUAUUGAGUAUGGACCUAAAAUCUCACUAGACUCUAUGGUGAGUUGAAGAUUAACAUGCAGAGCCGAGUCGGUGAUGUUAGGGGCCUAAUCAAAGUGUCGUUAUUUUCUUUGCAAGAUUGACAAAGACAUUCCAAUAAGAUUGAAUCGUGAGUGCUAGAAACUAAGAGGCAAGAUAGCUUACUCUCCGAUUUAUACUAGAUAUACUAGUUCACUAUUCUUGUAAACUAAUCAUG